UUUUCAUGUAGAAUAGUUAUGUAAGUUCAGACUCCACAUUUAGGGUGACCACAAGGGGGUCUAAGCUUCCAGUGAUCAACGUGACUAUGUGUUAGAGAAUACAUUUCUACUGAUUUGAGUUCAGUGGAGGAGAGACCUGUUCGUUAUCACCACCAGAACUACAGUUAUACUACGGACACGAGUUGCGAAGACUUACCAGAGACCAGUACAUCACAUAAUCAUCCCAGGAACAUGAAGAGAAUCCGACAUGACAGCAGCAGCGAGGACUCAGACCAUGGAAGUAAUUCCACGUCCUGGUCGCAGCAGUCUAAAUUGCUCCAUAGAAAAAGUCAGGGGACCAAACCCUCAGAGGUGUUCAGGACAGACUUGAUCACAGCCAUGAAGCUGCAUGACUCGUGCCAGCUGGCCCCAGAGGAGUUCUAUGUGCUGGCGGACCCCUGGAGGCAGCAGUGGGAGAAGGGGGUGCAGGUGCCGGUCUCCCCCCAGUCCAUCCCCCAGCCAGUCGCACGGCUGGCAGCGGACCAGGGGACGGAGGCCCGGUUCACCCGGCCCAAGGGCCGCCUGCGCUCGCCGGGCUGCCCGGCGCUGGGCUACGUGGACGUCCUGGCGCUGGCGGAGGGCACGUGUCGCUACGACCUGAACGAGCAGGACGUGGCCUGGCUGCACGUCGUCAACCAGGAGUUCUGUCGGAUGGGGAUGCCGGUGCUGGACGAGAUCACCAUGGAGAGGGUCAUGGAGGAGUUUGAGCGCCGUUGCUAUGACAACAUGAGCCACACCAUGAAGACGGAGGAGGGCCUGGGCAUCGAGUACGACGAGGACGUGGUGUGCGACGUGUGCCAGUCUCCUGACGGCGAGGACAACAACGAGAUGGUCUUCUGUGACAAGUGCAACAUCUGUGUGCACCAGGCGUGCUAUGGCAUCCAGAAGGUUCCGGCUGGGAGCUGGCUGUGUCGGAGCUGUGCCCUCGGCCUCCAACCCCGGUGCCAGCUGUGCCCCCGGGAGGGCGGCGCAAUGAAACCCACGCGGAGUGGAAGCAAGUGGGUUCAUGUCAGCUGUGCCCUGUGGAUCCCAGAGGUCAGCAUUGGGAACCCAGAGAAGAUGGAGCCCAUAACCAAUAUGUCCCAGAUCCCCAGUAGCCGCUGGGCGCUGCUGUGCUGCCUGUGUAAGAAGAGCACCGGAGCGUGCAUACAGUGCUCAGCCAAGAACUGCCGGACCGCAUUCCACGUGACGUGUGGCCUCCACAACCGGCUGGAGAUGAACACCAUCUUGACCGAGGAGGACGAGGUGAAGUUCAAGUCCUACUGCCCCGAGCACUCUGGACCGGAGGGCAAGUCCAGGGAGGACAGCCGGCCCAAGGAGAGCCAGGGGGCCAGAGAGAAGCGGAGGAGGAGGAGGGGGAGAGUGAAAGAGGAGCAGGAGGAGCAGCGGGGCCCCCCCCCGGGAGGCCUGGACAUCCAGCAGCAGCGGCAGGAAGAGGAGCAGCGGGUCAGCCUGCGGCGGCUGAAGCUGCAGCAGCUGGAGGAGGACUUCUACCAGUGCGUGGACGUGGGGGAGGUGGCCCGGUGCCUGGACGUGGCCCAGCAGGCCGUGGACUUUGUGUUCCAGUACUGGAAGCUGAAGCGGCGGGCCGGCUUCAACCAGCCGCUGCUCCGGCCCCGGCAGGAGGAGGAGGAGAGCCUGGAGCGCUGCCAGCACGCCGUGCUGCUCAGGAGGCUGCAGCUCUUCACGCACCUGCGCCAGGACCUGGAGAGGGUGCGUAACCUGACCUACAUGGUGACGCGGAGGGAGAAGAUGAAGCGAGCGCUGCUGCGUGUUCAGGAGCAGGUCGUCCAACAGCAGCUCCGACAGCUGGACCAGCAGCAGCUGACUGGUGAUGCGUCCACCAAGGCCUCAGAGGAGAGGAUGCCUCCGGAGUCAGGUGUGAGAUCUGCUCGCGGCACCGCGCCCGCGCGCGGCUCAAGAAGGAAGGAGCGGGGGAAGGCGGGGCACAGGAGGAGUCCAGUCCAGGUGCCAACCAAUCAGAGAGGGAGGGAGGAUCAGACCACGCCGGUCAAGGAAGAGGACGUCCACACCAGACUGGAGCGUCCGGAUGAGGUCCGCUCUCCCCGAGCGCAGCCCUCUGGGGCCCGAGGCAGCGUCUGGGUGGGAGGCCCGUACCCAGACAUGCAGCAGCGGAGGGUCAGCGUGGUGCUGACCAGGCUAAGGCCAGAUGCCGAGCAGCAGCAGCACACAGAGCAGAGGAGGAGGAGGAGCGGACGCAGGGAAAGGUCCCUCCUCCAGACCAGAAGCAGACUGGGGACCUGUGAUAGAAACUCCUCUGCAGAGGACAGUCCUGGUGACUGCAGACCAUCCACUCAGCCGGUGUCAGCGCCCGGCAAGCCCCCAGGGGGCCAGCGGAAGGAGCCCUGCGCUCGCGCCAACGGUCUGCUCUCUGCAGCCGUGGGCAGCCAUCUGAAAAACUGGGGGAAGUUCCGAAUCCCCAGGAGGAGUGAGAGAGUGUCGGAGACGCCCACCCAGCCCAGCAAAGUCCCCUGCGGGCCUGCUUGCAGCCCCAGGGAGCCCUCCUACCCCAGGACGAGGCUACGGACCGGGACUGAGGGCAGCCUCCCUGGGGUGGAGCCGUGCGUGAGGAGGUGUCACUCUCACCAGCUGCGGGGAGACUCCGCCCUCGCCCGGCGCUACUGCGCUGACAUCAUCCGCCAGGGCGUUCUGGCCUCUUGAUUGGUUAAAAAAAACAAAAAGGAAAAAAAAAAGGGUAGAACACUUGAAAGUGAGGCUGGGUAAGGGGUAGUGGAUAAAACUAAACUAGCUGGUAGUCUUAUUUUGUUUUAGCGAAGAUCGAUAUAUGUAUGUUUUUGGUAACAUUUGUCAUUGUGAUUCCUUAUAUUUUCUCCAUAAAAGUCUAGUUGAGAAGGCUUGAUUAUGCCAAUCACAAGCUAUUACAGAGUUAAGACUAUCGCUUGGGUACAUAAGCAGAGUAUAUUUUUUUCAAAGCUAAAUUAUACAACAAUUGCAGAGUCGUCAAUUGUUGGCAGUAUGCGUGUCCUGGAAUCAAGUGUUAAUGAGAAUUAUUUCAGAGGUAUUCUGGGAUGGAUGAAUACACAAUCUAAUUGUGUCCUGUAGUUUGUAUACAGGAAGUCCUAUUCUCAUCAACACCCUUCACUUCUACAGCCCAGAACCUCAACUGAAGGAAGUUGAAAUAACGUGCCUAGCUUUUAUUUGAAGCCCUUUGCACUAAGAGUAUGGCACCAAAUUGUCAAAGAUACUUCUCCUUUCCGUUUUACUUUUUUAUUUUUUACACUGAAUCAGUUUUGCUGCUGCUGUACUGUUAUGCAAAGUAAUUAAGUUUUGUCACAAAUAAAUGGAAACCCUUCAAGCAGUGCCAUGUCUCUCUUUUGUAAUGAAUGAUUACAGCCUAUUGGUAGAGAGGAAUUACAUCAUACUUCAUGCAGAUGUGUUGACUUUUAUUGCAUGAUUCAACAGUUAGGAAGGCCUGCACAAAAGGGCAUCAGCACUGCAAACAUACAAGAGCUGUAUGGUAUUUACAAUAGAACUUAACUAUUCCCACUUAUACAGUAUGUACAUAUUAGUCUCUGGUUACUAUGACAGUAGUUACAAUACCCCUAAUCAUACACUUCAGCUCUACUAAUUACAGUGCUCACAAAAAAACGACAUUCAGCCAUCCCAUAAUCACUGCAAGGAUCCACACACAGCAUGUGCAGGAGACUAGCACCGCAGGAGAUUUGAUCUCACGUUCAUUACAGGUCCAAAAAAAGACAGAAAUAAAAAGGUGCCAUUUUAAACAGACUUCUCUGAACUUCUCAUGGUUUAAGUCUUUAAACGUGACUCAACUGAAACGAGAACAAAAGCCAAAUGCUGGAACAUCAAGCCUCAUAACAUCUCGUCCAGACUGGCUAAAACCAAACAUCC